AUGGGGAGAGUUGUCUGGCUCAUUGUGUUUUUGUGCUUUUUGACCUUCACUACUACAGAGUCUGACCAAUGUCCAGAUGUAAAGAUUUUGGGUCUUGGGGAAUCUGACAAGAUUGCUGUACUCCAAGGCUGCCCAGGACUUCCUGGACCCCCUGGUCCCAAAGGAGAAGCUGGCUCUGAUGGAAAGAGAGGGGAGAGAGGCCUCCCUGGAGUGCCUGGGAAGGCAGGUCCCAAAGGAGAUGUUGGAGAAAUUGAUCCAUGCAAGACAGGAAGUAGAAAUUGCCGUGAACUUUUCAGCAAAGGGAACACUCUGAGUGGCUGGUACACUCUCUUCCUCUCUAACUGUAAGCCUCUCACUGUGUUCUGCGACAUGGACACUGAUGGCGGGGGAUGGAUUGUUUUCCAAAGAAGGAUAGAUGGUUCUGUGGAUUUCUUUCGGGAUUGGGCUACAUACAAGAGAGGCUUUGGCAGUCAGCUGGGGGACUUCUGGAUAGGAAAUGAAAACCUUCAUCUGUUGACAGUUCAAGAAACCUCUGAGCUCCGGAUCGAUUUUAGUGACUUUGAUGGCAAUCGCUCCUUUGCCAAGUACAGGUCAUUCCACAUUGGCAGCGAAGAGGAAAACUACAAGCUCAUCCUAGGAAACUUUGUAGAAGGUGAUGCAGGUGACUCACUGACUUACCAUAACAACAACCCCUUCACGACCAAAGAUCGAAACAAUGGCCCGGAUAAAGAAAACUGUGCCCUUCGCUACAAAGGAGGCUGGUGGUACAAACAAUGCCACCUGUCUAACUUGAAUGGCUUGUACUUGAGAGGCCCCCAUGAGAGUUUUGCCAAUGGAAUAAACUGGAAAACAGGCAAAGGUUACAACUAUUCCUACAAAAUCUCUGAGAUGAAGCUGAGGCCUAUUUAG